AUGGCUCCAGAAAAGGAAAGUAAUGGUCUUGACAACUAUGCAUUUGCACUUGAAGGCCGCUUUUGUGAUCUACCGGACGCAAAACAUGGAGAAGUACUGGACACGUCCGUGGAGGGAGAUAGCGGCAAGCUAGCGUAUUGUGUGACAGAUGUACCUCCCUGGUACCUGUGCAUCCUCCUCGGCAUCCAGCACUGUUUGACCGCAUUUGGAGGCAUCAUCGCCAUCCCGUUAAUCUUGUCUCAGGGGCUGUGCCUGCAGCACGACGGCCUCACACAAAGCCAGCUCAUCAGCACCAUCUUCUUUGUCUCUGGCAUUUGCACACUGCUGCAAGUUACCUUUGGCAUCAGGCUGCCCAUUCUCCAGGGUGGUACAUUCACAUUGUUGGCACCUUCCAUGGCAAUGCUGUCCAUGCCAGAGUGGACGUGCCCUGCUUGGACCCAAAAUGCCAGCCUGGUCAACACCUCCUCCCCAGAGUUCAUAGAAGUGUGGCAGAGUCGAAUGAGAGCACUGCAGGGGUCCAUCAUGGUGGGCUCACUCUUCCAGAUGUUUGUCGGUUUCUCCGGCCUCAUCGGCCUCUUCAUGCGCUUCAUCGGACCUCUCACCAUCGCCCCAACCAUUUCUCUCAUUGGACUGUCCCUGUUUGACUCAGCUGGUACCAGCGCUGGCUACCACUGGGGCAUCGCUGCCAUGACCACAGCACUGAUCACCCUGUUCUCACAGUACCUUCGUCACAUACCCGUGCCCUUGCCUAUGUACAGCAAGGAUAAACAGCUGCACAUUUCCCGAGUCUACAUCUUUCAGAUUCUCCCUGUUCUGCUUGGAAUCACUUUGUCCUGGCUCAUCUGCUACAUUCUGACAAUCUACAACGUGCUUCCCGCUGAUCCGGAGCAGUAUGGUUACAUGGCUCGCACUGAUCUGAAGGGAGACAUUAUGAACCAAGCUCCCUGGUUCACUUUCCCAUAUCCAGGUCAGUGGGGGAUGCCGACUGUGAGCCUGGCGGGGGUGGUUGGCAUCUUGGCUGGCGUGAUUUCCUCCAUGAUAGAGUCUGUAGGGGACUACCAUGCUUGUGCCAGGCUGUCUGGGGCUCCACCUCCCCCUAAACAUGCUAUCAACAGGGGUAUUGGCAUUGAGGGACUGGGCUGUCUGCUAGCUGGAGCUUGGGGUACAGGAAAUGGUACCACUUCAUACAGCGAGAAUGUCGGAGCUCUCGGUAUCACAAAGGUUGGCAGUCGCAUGGUGAUAGUAUCCAGUGGAGUCUUGAUGGUUGUCAUGGGUGUGUUUGGUAAGGUGGGCGCUGUAUUCACCACAAUCCCAUCACCCGUGAUAGGAGGGAUGUUCAUGGUUAUGUUUGGCGUCAUCUCUGCAGCAGGCGUUUCUAAUCUGCAGUAUGCAGAUAUGAAUUCAUCUCGAAACAUCUUCGUUUUUGGCUUCUCCAUGUUCUCCGGUCUGGUCAUUCCUAACUGGAUAUUAAAGCACCAAGAAGCUAUUGCCACAGGUGUGGUUGAACUGGACCAGGUGCUGCUGGUGCUUCUGACAACCAGCAUGUUUGUAGGAGGUUUCCUUGGCUUCAUCUUGGACAACACGAUUCCAGGAUCAAAGCAUGAACGAGGCAUCCUGGCCUGGAACAAGGCUCACGAGGAUGACUCCAGCGACACACUGGAGAGCGGAGAAGUCUAUAACCUGCCUUUUGGCAUCACCUCUUACUGGUCCUCUUCCUCCUGGCUGCGGUACAUACCUUUCUGCCCUCCCGGUGAGCCCAGAUCGCCGAACGGAUGCGGGGCAGAUGCUAAUGGCUCGGAGCCUAAGCAGCCACCGGGACAUCCAGAGCCUUCGCAGAUCAUUAUCGGAGUCGCUCUGUGA